AUUUGUUGGAGAGCGUUCUACUUGCCACAUCCACCACCAUAAAUUCUCACUAUAAAUAUAAUUCCAAUUCUUGUUUGUGACAUACAAUAAUAACAUAAUAUAACGUACCAUGGUGAUGACUACUAUUAAGAGAAGAGAAGUGAUGGUUCCCCAAGAUCAUAGUCAUGAUGAUUUCUUGAUUAUGGAAGAUGAUGAUGAUGAUGAAGACCUAUUUGAGAUUGAUCUUGAAUUAGUGAAUUGCAUUUCAUCAUCACCAUCAAAACCACAUUAUUACAAUACUGCCACUACAAGUAAUACUACUAAUUCUAAUUAUUCCACAGGGAAAAAGAAUGCACUCUUGGCGAAUUGCUUGAUGCCAAUUUCAGAUAUUUCUAGUGCAAUUCCAGCUUGUAACAAGAGUAAAAAUAUUAGUAGUAAUAAUUAUAAUGUUGUUAUUUCUGAGUCUUUUUCAUUGGAGGAAUAUCUUAGGUUACCAUUUUUGGGGGAUAUUGGAGCAUUGUUGCAUGGCAAAACAAAACCACAAUUUCAAUUCAAGUUUCACCAUUAAUUAGUGACUAAUUAAUUAUGUAUUAUCAUCACAUAUAUGCAAGUUGCUUGUUAUCUAUGAAAUCUUCUAAGCUCUA